AUGGCUGCCCUGCAGAAAUCUGUGAGCUCUUCCCUCAUGGGCACUCUGGCUGCCGGCUGCCUGCUCCUCAUUGUUCUGUGGGUACAGGGGGGUACCUCGGUGCCCAUCACUUCCAACUGCCGGCUUGAUGAGUCUGACUUUCAGCAGCCCUACAUCAUUAACCGUACCUUCAUGCUGGCCGAGGAGGCUAGCUUUGCAGACAACAACACAGAUGUCCGGCUCAUUGGGGACAAACUGUUCCGAGGAGUCCAUGUGAAAAAGCAUUGCUACCUGAUGAAACAGGUGCUCAACUUCACCCUUGAGGAAGUACUGCUCCCCUACUCUGACAGAUUCCAGCCCUACAUGCAAGAAGUGGUACCCUUCCUGGUUAGGCUCAGUGGCCAGCUCAACCAAUGUCACAUCAUGGGUAAUGACCAGCAAGUCCAGAGGAAGGUCCAACAGUUGAAGGACACAGUAAAAAUGCUUGGAGAGAGUGGAGAGAUCAAAGCAAUUGGAGAACUGAAUUUGCUGUUCAUAGCCCUGAAAAAUGCCUGCAUCUGA